AGCUUGUUUACAUGAGUCUGUGUCGGGGGUGAGGGGGAGUGGGAGGAGGGCCGCCUUCCUCUCACCGUCCCUUGAACCGUCGAGAUCACUGGUGCUACUCGGUCAGCCCUCCUCUCCGUGUGAUGCUAAGCGGUUCUAUGGGGCCAUAUAAUACAGUGAGGUGGUGUUAAGGUGACCGGUGAGACCAGUGGGUGUAGAUGGCCGCACAUUGAGGCACAUGUGAUUGUCAUGCAAGGAGGACUAUGCAUGAGCCACCGGAUGCCUCAUCGCCAUAAUAACUACUCUGUGCACAGUUUUCACCGCGCCAUCUCCCACACUCCCUCCGUGUUGCUGUGUUCUGGGAGAACGUCUUUAAGUCUUCCCUACAGGUGCUAGAGUGACUGAUACAAAUGCUUCCAAGAACUGAAAAUAUAAUUUAAUAUCUAGUGGUUGCAUAGGUAUAUUGCAUUAGUAUUCCCAGGACACAGAAAGUUUACUUAUCAAGGGAUCCAGUACAUACUAGCCAUGUCCUCUGUGGCAGGCACGAGCAUCUACUCGGGGUACCCUAUUCGCCUCAGUCGCAGGGCUUCCGUCUCCUCCUACUACCCUCCAGCCUUGGAGAAAUAUUAUGAAUAUGUCAAACCUACAACUUCUAUGGUCAACGCUGGCAUUGUGGCCUUCGUAGGAACCAUCUUCUUUAUCAUUUCUUUCAUCAGCCCCUACUGGCUCCAGUCAUACUCCUACACCUACAGCAAGUUCCAAAAUAUGGGGCUGUGGGAGUUCUGCUUUGAUGGCUUUCGGUAUCCAAAAUAUCAGUAUGAUCAUAAGUUUAUGGGCUGUAACUACAUCUUUGCAGAGGAAUACAGAAUCAUAUGGCAAUGGAUGUUACCAGCUUGGUUCAUGGCAGUGCAGACCUUCAUGACCAUUGCUCUGCUGGCUAGCAUGACCACCCUGGUGACUAUGAGUCUCAUCCUGGUGCGGUGGCCACUGCAGAUAAUUAUGCGUUAUGAAUGGCAUCUGACUGGCUUCUGCUUCAUUUGUCAGGCUGUCACAGUGGUGGCAAUCUUCUUUGCUGUGUUGGUGUUUGGAGUGAUGUGUUGGUCCCGAGACUGGCUCCUCAAUCCAAACUUCAACUACCUGUCUUGGUCCUAUGCCUUUGCUGUCGUGGCUGGAGGCUUCCAUGCAUUUUCUGGUUUUGUGCUUCUUCAUGAAACUUUCGAAGCCCGAGAACGGAAACGUCAGGCUACAAACCUCCUGCAGAUUGAUCACCAGGGCCACAUGGGCAUGGGCAUGGGCAUGGGUAUGGGUAUGGUGAGCCAUGGUUACAUUUAAGAUGAGAGUGAGGAGAGGGCAGCCAUUUUAUUGCUGUAGCUGGUAAACCUUUAUCAAGAGUGAUGCAUUUGCCAUAUGAUGAUGUAUUUGAAUUUUAUCAUGCACAAAAUAAUUUUUGAGUGAUAUUUUCUUGACAUAGUGUAUUUUGAUCUGAAAAGCAGUAUUGACUAUGUAAUAUGAAUCUCAUGGCUUGACAUUAUUUUCAUAAUUUUGUAUGGGACCACUAGUUACUGAUAUUGGGUAGAUAUGAAAGCCAGGUAGACAGUAACAGACAUGAUAACAGUCUCUUGUAAAUGCUGUAUGGCACAUCACUCGUGAGGGUUGCUGUCAUCAGUCUGAUAGGAUGUGUAUAUGUUUUGUACAAAAUGUUAAUGCUAAGCUCAUUACUGUUGACAUGAUAAGUAUUUUAUAUAUAUAGCAUGUUCAUAUGAGAUGUGAUACAAAAUUUGGUUCCAUCCAUUUUUCCGUCCAAUACUGAAGGAUCGCGAGUUCCUAGUAUUUAAGCCGCCCAUUAUUUACGAGGGAAAUUUGUGAACAAUGUGCCUGAUGUUGUGUACAUAAGUAUUUUAAGGUCACACAGAAAUUAGGACUUCAUUGGUAGUGAAGUAACAUUUUGGUAGUUCAGAUAAACUAUUUUGUCAUUCUCAUGGAUUGUAAACUUGAGUAUCAUAAAAUCUAAGCAAAGCAGUAUAUAAAGUAUUGCAAACAUUUGGUUGUGGUAAUGAUAUGGUGGUGGCAUGCAACCGUGAUGCCUUCCCUCUUACUUCAGCCUUGAAGCACACAACACUUAAGAAUUUUGUCAAGUGCACUUUUUUUUUUUUUUAACAUUUGAAAUGAUCUCCCACUUGUUAAUGAACCACACCAUUCAACAAGUUCAUUUUUAGGCAUGUUUCACACAAAUAAGUGCUUUUUUCCCCCAUGCAAGAAAACAGUGUGGUUUAGAAAUAGAAAAGUUUAAUACAGUGGUUCACACAAUGUCUGUGUACCUUGGUUCUCCCUUGGCAGAGAUUCAUCCACUGCUUGCAACACUAAACUGUUCUGCUACAUGUUCUAGAAUAUUGUAGAACUGUACUGCAGGUGAACUGUCAGGGAAAAAGGGCACAUCACUGCUUGUGUGAAGACAUGCCUUCUUGCCACCAUACCAAAGCACUAAUAUGAAGCAAUUCUUGUUAAUGGCAUGAACAAGUCAAGGUUGCUUCCUUUAAUAUCCAAAAUGAUAAAUGGCCAAAAAGCUCAAUUUGCCAUGCCAGCAAGAAAACUGUUUCUGCUGCUUCAAGUGGUAUGAAUGGAUACUUGAACGUUAUUUACUAUCAUGAUGUUAUAAAUUUUGUUAACAUUUCUUAUGAAGUUUAGGGAAGUAUUAAUAUGAAUGAUACUAUUUUAAAACAGUUGUUUCUAGUAUGUUUAAGGAAUUUAUAAUAAACAAUGUUUACA